AUGCUCAGCAGGACGACAUCGCUGGUGGACAAGGCGCUGUCACAGGCCGAGAGCUCGGCCAGCCGGAGGCCCUCGAUCUCCCUGCGGCUCCACGUGCCGCGGCUGUCCAACAGCAGCAAUGAGCCGCUGCGGGACGCGGCCUCGGGCCACCUGGAUGGCAAGCGUUCUUUGGCACCGGGGGAGACGUGGAUGGUGCCGUCCACUUACAUGGUGCCGCGUAAGGUGGUGGUGAAGUGCCUCGAGGAGAUGGACUCGGCGGAGCAGCCGGACAAGCCGGGCAUGCUCUCCAAGCACACCCUCAGGCAAACGGUGGAGCGGUUCAACGGCGUCUUCAACCGCCACGUGAACCGCGAGGACCAGGUGGCGGCGGUGAUGGACCACUUGGAGCGGCACACGCGGCGGCGCCGCGGGGAGACGGCGCUGAAGGCGGGCUUGCUGGAGUGGGAGCAGACCUCCCGCGUCUACGAGCUCUUCAGUGUGCAUCUGAAUAUUUGCGAACGCAUUCUUUUCACCAUGGACUUCGCGGUGAGAACGACCAUCUUGUCGCGGGUUUGUUCCACGGUGCUGAUUUCGUGCAUUUUUGUGUCCAUCAUCGUUUGGAUGGUCUCCACGCUCCCUAGCAUGCGCUACGUACAAACCGGCUGCACAUCACUGGAGGUGGGGCAAUGCCAGCCCCGGCCGUACCCGGCCUUCGAAGUCAUAGAAGCGUCUUGUGUGUACCUCUUCACCUUGGAGUACCUGCUACGCUUGGUCAUGGUCCAUCGAGUACGCUUCGAGCUGCUGGACGAGUAUUUUGUGGCGGGCGUGCUCAAGGGAGAGACAGACGUCGCGACAGGCUCCUGGCUGAGCUGUCUCUGUCCCACCCGCUCCAAGGGCGAGCUCGAUGGCGCGGUGACCACCACCGUGAAGCACAUCUUCGGCCUCACCAACCUCAUCGACCUUUCUGCGAUUCUUCCCUUCUGGAUUGAGACCUUCAAUCCGCAGGACCGAACACGCAGGGAGGCGCUUUGGUGGCGUUACGCCUGCUCAGGAGAUCACGCGGAUAUUUCGCGUCUUCAAGCUGGGUCGGUACAGCGACGCCUUUAUGCUUUUCACCCGGGUCAUGGAACAGUCAGUGCCCGCGCUCUCGCUGAUGACCUUCUUCAUCAUGCUGGGCUGCGGUCUGUUCGGUACGAUGAUCUGGUUCGCGGAGGGUGGGGAGUGGUAUCCCUCAGGCCACGAAGUGCUUGGGAUGCUCAACAUCACUGGCCGGGGCGCGUACUUGCGCAUGCAGCACCUUCCCUGGACAUCUCCAGGUGUGAGGGAACCAUCCUACGAGGAGACGCCUUUUGA